GCUGUCACACUUCUUAUUCCAGUGAAUAUUUCUCAGGGUAGGUUUAUUUUUUUUAUUUUUUUAUUUUUAAGUCAGUUCCUGUAGAAGCACAUACAUUAAAGUCUGAGCUACAAAAAAGCUGUGAACAUUUCCACUGUUAUUGCCCAGGAAAAAAGAUACAGUUCACUGACCAUUUGUAACAACUUGCCCCAAUAGCAGGGUUGGAAAUCAGACUAAAAUUAUUGACCCUCAUACUCAUCCUGUUUAUGAACACACUUCCUCAAUAUCAGUGAUUAUUUCAACAUAGUGUAUAGGGAACAUAUUGUAACACAGUUGUAUCAGAGGGGAUAUUUCUUUAUUUUGAAACACUGUUCAUUUACACACAACAUGUAAUCACUCCAUGCAAAAAUAUACACCAGGACUUCAUGAAUGAAGGAUUACAUGUUUAUAGCAAGUCAGGUUUAUGUCAAGUUCAUGUUUAUGUUUAUGUUUAGUUCACGUGUAUAGUUAGGGCAUUCACUUUUGUAAAUAAACUGCACUUGGGUUCUUCAUCUUCACGUCUUCGUCAUUGCCAGUGCCAGCACACGUUACAGAAUACUUGACCGAACCAUGAACCCAGCAGUUCAGCUUCUGCGCCUACGUCAGGGGAAUCGUCCCCUGGAGGACUAUGUGGAGGACUUUUGCGAUCUGGCCUUCCAGGUGGACUUUAAUGAGGUUGCACUCAAAGACUGUUUCUGGUUUGGACUGAGUGAGCCAAUCUCCAUUCUGAUGCCAGGCGGUAAGAGUACCCUUACCCUCGCUCAGUAUAUCGACCUCGCUCUGCAGAUCAUUGGUUCCGCGUUCACUGUGGGGGAGGCGGAUGCCGAGCCAGAGGUCCACGACAUGGCCGCUGCCGAGCCAGAGGUCCACGACAUGGCCGCCGCCGAGCCAGAGGUCCACGUCAUGGCCGGCGCCGAGCCAGAGGUCCACGUCAUGGCCGCCGCCGAGCCAGAGUUCCACGUCAUGGCCGCCAAUCCAGAGUUCCUAGUCAUGGUCGCUGAGCUAGCACCAUCUUUUGCUCCAUGCCACGUCACAGCAACGCCUCAGCCUGCUCCAUGCCACGUCACAGCAACGCCUCAGCCUGCUCCAUGCCACACCACAGCAACGCCUCAGCCUGCUCCAUGCCACGUCACAGCAACGCCUCAGCCUGCUCCAUGCCACGUCACAGCAACACCUCAGCCUGCUCCAUGCCACGCCACAGCAACGCCUCAGCCUGCUCCAUGCCACGCCACAGCAACGCCUCAGCCUGCUCCAUGCCACGCCACAGCAACGCCUCAGCCUGCUCCAUGCCACGUCACAGCAACGCCUCAGCCUGCUCCAUGCCACGUCACAGCAACCCCUCAGCCUGCUCCAUGCCACGUCACAGCAACGCCUCAGCCUGCUCCAUGCCACGUCACAGCCACACCUGAGCAGUUGGACCUGGAGAUGGUUCCCACCCUUAUACCCACCCUUCGUUCUCCUGAGCAGGCAAGGGGAACUUUCGGCCCUCCGACCCCGCCUGGACCCUCCGAGCCCUGGACUUCGCCUUGGCCUGUCAGUCCCUCGACAUUGCCUCAGCUCUGCGUUCCCUCGGCUCCACUGCGGUCCUUCAGCCUGUCGGCUUUGCCGGGGUCCCUCGUCCCUCCGGCUCCUCCUUGGUCUGUUGGUCACCUGGCUCCGCUUUAGCUCUCCGAUCCUUUGGCUGUGCCUCGUCCCUCCGAUCUGUCAGCUCUACCAGGGACCUCCUUCCCUACGGCUCCACCUUGGUCCUCAGUCCCACCGGCUCCACCUCAGUCUUCUGAACCCCCAGCUCCGCCUUGCUCCUCCGAGCCUCCAGCGCCGCCUUGGUCCUCCCUGCCAUCAGCUCCACCCUGGCCUUUCGAGUCUUCGGCUACUCUCCGGGCACCAA